AUGGUCAGUGAACUCAGGCAACUGCUGCAAGACGGGCGGUACUUUGCGCAGAUCAAGCAGUCUGAAGCGCUUCCGACGCCAGAAGAGUGCGAAGGGAAGUCUACCGACGAGGUCACGAAGCUUGUCGCAUCGAAACUCCUGGGCGACUCCUAUAAGCUAGAGAACAAGCCGAUAGAGUCUGGUGACUCUGGAUUUGAGGUCUUCGAUAUCUUAACAUCGAUCUUGCCUGUACUAUCGGAGCAGUCUGCCUGGUACUGGAAGAAUGCGGCCCGCCCUCUCGCAUCUAUGCUUGAGAGCGCCAAGUACCCUGUGCGCGCCCAAGCCGCCCAUCUCAUUUUCUGGUGGGCUCGCCUCGGCGGCCUGAACGGCCUCACUACCCUCGGUCGCACAAAGGCUACACGUACCUACUGGACGCGCGAUGGCUCCAAUACCGAGCUCUCCUGGCAGAUCUCGCACACGAAGAGCCCAGCUGAGGAGGCCAACCGUCGGGUUCGAUUCGCAAUUGAUCCCUUCCAUCCGGAGACCGGCCUCCGUCUUGCGGGCGGUGGGCUCAUUGACUGGCUGUGGGAUGAUGGCAGCAUGGGCCUUAUUGACCGUGAGGGUAGCAAGGAGUGGAAGGAUAUCAUCGAGAAGUGGCUCUUCCCCGACUUGAAGAGCUCAGACAUCCCCGUUCCGGAGGCUCAUUAUGCACUUGCCUUUGAUUUGGAGCCGGAUGGUCUCAUCGGACUGAAGUCCUACUACGUUCCUCCUCGUCGCCAGACCAGCGAAACAUCUGUCGCCAUGACAGGCCACCAGACGAAUUUCGAACCUGUCGGCGCGUUACUCCCUCUUCUACACCCUUCCUUGAUGGAGCCCUUCAACAUGCUGUGCGACUACCUUCAGAACGAGGGCGUACCCUCACGCCUGCGGUUCAUCGCCAUCGCAUCCGACUUGGUUCCUUUGGAAAAGAACCGCCUGAAGCUCUACUUCUUCCCGUGGGCCGACCAUUCGUUCAAGGACGUCGUGCGCGAUAUGACUCUCGGCGGACGCUUGAAGGGCCCGAUCGUGGACGACUCGAUGGCGAAUAUGCGCAAGCUCUACCGCCGCCUCUUCCCGGAGAACGCGGAUGACGAGGACGCUCUGAUGAAGCCGCGCGACGGCGGCGUUGGUGGGCUCUCCUACUACUACGAGUUCAUCGUCGGGCAGAAGGAGCCAAGCCCCAAAGUGUACUUCGAUAUGUCCAACUACGGCAUCAGUGAUCUCGAGACGACAAAGGCUGUCGAGCGUUUCAUGGCCGAUGUUGGCAAGCCUGCUACCGAAGGCUGGUAUACUUCCUCGCUGGAGCGCGCAUUCCCGCACCGUGAUCUCGGCGCACGCUCUGGUAUUCAGACAGGCGUCACCUUCGGGAUGAAGGUGAAGAAGGGCUGGCAGAUCACUGGCUAUAUGAGCACGGAGCUCUUCGCACCCGAGCGCCAGGUCGAGGGAGAGCGUCCACAUGAAACGCAGGAGUCGCUCGUACACGAAUUUUAUGAUGUGUAUGCGCCUGGGCUGCUGAAGAAGCUGUACGAGGAGCAGAGUAAGGCAGCUGCUGCCGCAACCACCGCAUAG